UCUGUCAGAUUUUUAAGGCCGUGACGCACUGAAAGCAGAGAGUCAAUGUGAGCAAAGGGGGAGGAGGAGGAGGAGAAGGAGAAAGAGUUGGUGGUGAGAUCGAUGAAGUGGCAGGCAGAGGGAAGAGGAGGAGGAGGAGGAAAAUCUCACGAGAUAAUGAAAGAAAAAGAGGAGAGCUGCUAGUGUAGAGCGAAAAAAUCGAGGCUAGACCCGGAGAAUUUUUGUGGAGUGGAAAACAAAGACUGGGAGAGGAAGAAGAAGAAAAAAAAAAGGGGGAACGAAGAGAACGAGAGAGAGAUUGGUCUGUAACCGCAGAUGGUGUUUGCACUCUGGUUUUGGUGAAUGUUGCACCCCGGGGCGCAGCGGACCAAUUGUGUGAAUCUGCAGGGCUGCUCGGCGACACAAUCGGGAGAGAUGCACAGGACGGACAACAGCCGCGGACGCGCUCUGAGAAGUGGAUAAUAAAGGCACAAAAGCGAAGGCUUCUUGCCCAGGAACACAGCUGAGCACCAAAGAGACAAGAGAGAGCAGAGUGCUGAUGCUCAAGUGAGAAUAAAAUCACAGUUAAAGCUCCUGAUGCGGUUGCAAACUCGUUUUCCUGGAGUUUGAGGGAGUUUGAAGACAGUACUUAACGUUAUCAGAUAAUUAAUUAGACACCCCAUAAGCCCGGAAAUCAAUUAAUUCACAAAUCAAUAAAUCCAUAGUCUGGUGUAACAAGAGACCUUCCAGACUGUUAGCCCGGCUGUUGAACAACAAUAACAAGAAGAAGAGCAACAACACGCGCAGGGGUAAGAAAUACAGAUUUAUUUGCUGAAAUUGAAGAUGGAUGGGAGUCUAGGGGAGAUGUCCCUCCACAGCCACUCCGAACUGGCUCACGGCCAGGACGGCAGGGCCAUGCUGCACUCGCGGGACCUUUCAGCUGCUUUCCCCAGGCCUUCCCUCGGGGGUCCCUCCAUGUCUCUGGAGCAUGAGCCUCGUCCGCCGGGCUUCGACCACUCCAUGUCGGCACUGGGCUACAGCGGUGACUCCCCGUCCAGCGCCGGCAGCACCUACACCACCCUGACGCCCCUGCAGCCCUUUGAUGACAAGUUCCACCACCACCACCAUCACCACCCCUGCCUGCCUGUCAGCAACGUCAUCGGCAGCUUUACCCUCAUGCGUGAGGACAGAGGCCUCAGCACCAACUUCUACAACCCCUACAGCAAGGACCUGGCCAUGUCCCAAAGCCUGUCGCCCCCCUCCACAGGUUCAGGCCUGGGCUCUACCAUGCACGGCUACGGCAGCCUGGGCAACAGCCCCAAUGGCAACGCCGGUCAGAUGCUCCACGGCGGGUAUGACGUCCAUGGGGGGAACCUCUUCUGCAGGACAUCGGAUUUCGCCCGCGAGAUGUCCCCACCAGGCCUAGGAGGAGGCGACGUGUCAGUGGGGCAUCAGCUGAACAAAAUGGAGGCCCAUCAGCACGCCCCGGGCCACCACCCUCACAUCUACAGCCAGCACUACCAACCCCACCAUCACCCGAGCCAGCAGGCCUCCAAGAUGGGCGAGCACCUGCAUUCCUCCUCGUCCGCCUCGUCCUCGCCCGGAGAGGGCAUGCUGCCGGGCUCGCAGGGCGGCGGAGGCGGCGCCGGGGAGGAGAUCAACACCAGGGAUGUGGCCCAGAGGAUCAUCACCGAGCUGAAGAGAUACAGCAUCCCCCAGGCCAUCUUCGCCGAGAGGGUUCUGUGUAGGUCACAGGGCACUCUGUCUGACCUCCUGAGGAACCCCAAGCCCUGGGGCAAGCUCAAGUCUGGCCGCGAGACCUUUAAGAGGAUGUCCCGCUGGCUCCAGGAACCCGAGUUUCAAAGAAUGGCCUCGCUCCGGCUGGAGGCCUGCAAGCGGAAGGAGCAAGAACAGAGCAAACUGGAGCGCAACCAGGGCCCGAAGCGCACCAGGCUGGUGUUCACGGACCUGCAGCGGCGCACGCUCCUGGCCAUCUUCAGGGAGAACCAUCGCCCGACCAAAGAGCUGCAGAUCACCAUCUCCCAGCAGCUGGGCCUGGAGCUCUCCACUGUCAGCAACUUCUUCAUGAACGCCCGCCGACGCAACCUCAAUAAGUGGGCGGACGAGGGUCGUCCCUCCUCCACGGGUUCCUCGGGCUCCAGCGUUUCCUCCUCCGUAGUGUCCUGCAGCACGGCGUGAUGACGGACCACCGAGGAGGUGCGGCGGGGAGGGUGCCGAGGGAGCAAGGGGGCACAUAGACUGGUCUAGGCAGAGAUCAGCCGUAAUAAAUGUCCUCCUCGUUAUCAGAAGGAGCGACGGAGCCAGCUAUUAUAGAUGAUUUUAUGAAGAUGAAGCAUUUUCCAAACCAAAGUUGAUUGCUCCCUUGAAAUGGAAGGGGGGCGAUACCCAGAGUGAUAUGACCGCAGGAUGUGAGGUCCUGCUUUGUAUAGUCAAGGGUGCGAAGAUGAUUCGACUCAAAGAAGAGUCACACCCUUACAUAGACACCAUCUCAUUGCAUUAUUUUGAUUAUGUAGAUUAGAGAGAAUGAGGGUAUUACAAAUCAGGAGGAAGCAUAUUUUGGUGUACCUUCAAAUCUAUAGUCAUCUCUCCAAACGUGAAGAAUCAAGAGAUGCCCGUUUGCUCACAUCUGGAGAGCUCCAUUGUGUAACUUCUUAAUCAAAAAGUGUUCACCAUCAUCCAAAGACGUUAAUCUCCUCCCCCCAAUGUUCUUAUGGUCCUGUUUUUCCUCAAGAAUCAAGGUGAAAGAGGAAGAAAAGGCUUUUUUUUUACUUUCCUUUUUUUUUUUUGUGAAGAACCUAAUUCCCUUUUCUUAGCAUGUGUUUCCAUGGUGAUGGUUCCCAGGAUUGUAUGGCGGUGUUCUAAGUGCGGAGCCUGGAAUUAUCAGGAGGGCUCUGUAGCGUCUCUGUGUGACUCCCACUUGUCAAUCAUUUACCAUCAACAGGAGCCUUUCCUGUUUUUUGGGGGGUUUUUUUGGGUUUUUUUUUUUUGUGAAGAUGGUCCUGCCUUGAAUGAAUCAGAGUUUUCAAGGGGGGGAAACCGCAGCGCAUCUCGCCAUACACCAGGAUAGAAUCAAUAAACACAAGUAGGACGUAGAAACAGAUUUAUUGGUGCAACCGUCUAGCUUUAAGACUCUCUCACUGAGCUUCCAAACGAAAGCUCCACAGCCAUUUUUUUGACUCAAAUUCAAGCCAAACAAAAAAAAAAAAAAAAAAAAAAAAAAAAAAUGGAAAAAACAAACUUUGAACACAAAGGCUCCAGAGGGAAGAGGUACACCUGACACAAUGUAUAGUGACAUUGCAGUAUUUUUUUCCACUCAUUUCCAAAACAACUGUAAACACCUCUGCUCCAAUACGAAAUCUUUUUUUUACAGAUGUCUAGAAAAAUGGAGGAAUGUGAUUCUUUCAACCCUUUUUGUACAGAUUUCAAGCACAUCGCUCUAUUUAUAGAAACACGUUGGAAGUGCGGGGCAGUUUGUUUCAGCCCUGCUGACGUACAAGGUCAUUUUUUUGGUCCACAAAGGAAAGGCUUUAACAUGCCUCCUUAUAGCCAAUAGUUAAAUCGAAGCAAGAACGUUUCAAAUGCAAUUGCUGAUCUGAUCAACGUAUUUAUUACUGCAUUUGUGUAUUUAUUGUUUUCCAUUUUUCUUUCCUAUCUCUAUUUAUUUGGUUAUUUAUUUAUGCUAUCUAUAUACUGUAAGUAUUUAUUUAACAAUGCUCUGUAUGUCUGUGUGAAACUGAAGACUUUUUCUGAUGGGCACUUUUAGCUGUAGAAUCCCAUCGUAAUACCAAAGAUUAACAUUGCCUCCCUGAAUGUACGGCCUGAAUCCCUAAAAACCUGUACCCGACCCCGACCCCGGUCCCGACCCGAUCCAGCCCAGCCCACCCAGUGAUGUUACGUACAGUAUCUCUCUCUAUCUUUAAGGCCUGGCCUUUGUUUUUGUUUUGAUUUUUUUUUUUGUAGAAUAACGGGGAUUUCUUUACUCUUGCAAAUGUCUCUGUGGUCAGCUCUUAACGCCAAGGCCAAAGCUUGUUUGAAUGUUGUGAUAAUAUUAAUAAUUAAUAAUACUAUGAAUAAUAAUAAUAAUACUAUGAAUAAUAAUAAUGAUAAUAAUAAUAAUAAUAAUAACGUGGCAUCCAUUAGGUUCACAGGUUGCUUGUAAAGUUGUGUCCAGACCAAUGCCAUCUGGCGGAGUGUGUAAAGUAUCUGCGGACCCACUUAAAGCGCCAUCUGAAGGCCCCAUUGAGUGCGAGUCCUUCAGGGUCACAUGCAAACAUGCGUACUGUGUGUCUGCCUGGGGAAAUGCAUGAUUGUGACACCCUCCCUCCCCCCUUCUCUCCCUUACUUGCCCCCCCUCCCGCCCCAGUGCAGCGCAGACACUCCUGUCUAUGUCCAACUCAGUGUGAUCUCACCGUCCUCCACAUGCCAAGCCCUUCUGCCAGUUGUCUCAGUUCCAUGAGGGUUCGUUCCUGGAGUUUUGGGGGUUUCUAAGGUGUGUUCCUCAUCUUUUGGGGAUCUUAGGGUUUUUGCUCCCUGGGUUCUGAAGGUUUUAGGAUUUGUUGUUGGUUCUUUUAGGGUCUUGGGUUUCUUCACGGCCUUUUGGGGUUCUUGUGGUUUGUUUCUCAUCUUCCAGGGAUUGUUGAUUCUCUUAGGCUCUCUCUUAGGCUUGUUAGGAUUUGUCCCUGGACUUCUAAGGAUCUUAUGGUUCGUUUCUCUUUUUUUUUUUUUUUUAGGAAUUUCAGAUUUUGUUUCAAGGCUUCUGGAGCUCAUGGGGUUCGUCCCUGGACUUCUAACAGCAUUAAGGUUCAUUUCUGAUCAUUUGGGGUUCUUGGAUCUUCAUUCAAGAUCCUCCAGGCUUCUUAGGGUUCCCCCCUGCAACUUGCACAGGCAAUAUGUUUUGCGCAGUGAAUGCUUAAAUCAGGACAGAAUCACCCAAAAUCUGAUUUUCUGACCCCUGUGUAAAUGCUGCCAAAGAGUGGCGAGGCUAGCUUGACCAUUUUCUACCCUCCCUCUCUCUCUCUCUCUCUCUCUCUCUCUCCCUCUUUUUCUCUCUCUUUCUCUGUCUUUAACGUUGGAAGGGGUGGACUGCCGGGGCCCCCUUCACAGCGUGUACUUGAAAGACGGGCGGUCAUGAAAGAGGCCAUCGACUUUUUCGUGGACUUCAAAGAGGAGACUUUUUUCAUCCCGUCUCCUCUCUGGGUAUUUGGUCUGGGGUCCGCUCUCGGCCAGACCUGUGGGCUUUAGGGGGCAUUCAAAGGGGGCGGGGGGAGAUCAGAGAGGAGGCUGAAUCAUCCAGAAUGAGGAUAGUGGUAGCGGUGUGUGUGUGUGUGUGUGUGUGUGUGUAGGAGAGGUGGGAGGGGGGUUGUUUGAGGAACAGGAGGUGUUGGAGUAGUGGGGCAUGGAGCUGAAUUAAACUUUAAUGAGUAACAAU